AUGGGGAUUAACAUUUUCAGCUUAAGUUCUCUUGUUAUACUCGUCCUAGCCUUCACAACUGUGCAAAUUGCAGUUGGAGGUGACCCAGACAUUAUUACUGAUUUUACAUCCCCAGCGAAUGGAAGUGCUGCCAACCCAGAUUUCUUCACGUUCACGGGAAUGAGAGUCCUAUUGGAAGAAGACCCGUCACCAGCAUUCAGAGUUUUAAAAGCCAGCAUGUCUGAAUUCCCAGGUCUUUCAGGCCAAAGUGUUUCUUAUGCUGUUCUUGAAUUCCCUGUUGGGUCUGUUAAUCCACCUCAUACUCAUCCUCGUUCAGCUGAGCUUUUGUUCCUCAUCAGUGGUACUCUUGAAGUUGGAUUUAUCGACACCGCUAAUAAACUUUUUACUCAAACACUUCAAAGUGGUGAUCUCUUUGUGUUCCCGAAAGGACUUGUUCAUUAUCAGCAAAAUGUUGAUCCCCAAGCUUAUUCCAUUGCAGUUUCUGCUUUUGGCAGUGCAAAUGCUGGUACAGUUUCAGUUCCUAGUUCGGUUUUCGCUUCUGGAAUCCCUGAUGGGAUUUUGGCCAAGUCUUUCAAAACUGAUGUUGCUACAAUUCACGCUAUCAAGACUGGUCUUGCACCCAAACCUUAGAGAAAAUAACUUCAUGGUGUCGACCAUCUUUCUUCU